CUCUGUAGCAUUAAGACAUGAAUAAACAAUAUACAGAACACACACAUACACACCCACACAAACAUCCAAGAAGGACAUGGAUUCAUCUGCCAAAUCAGUAGACGAAGUGGUGGAAGAAAUAAUGAGAAUUCAUAAAUCUCUUCCUCCAAGACCUGGAAUCGAUGACAUUGAAGCUGCAAUGAUUCUAAUCAGAAACGCAGACAAUGAAGAACAAUCAAGGAUCGAAGCAAUUUCCAGACAAAAGAAACGAAAAUACAUCCCUGAAGAACUCUUCAACAUCCUGUUGGAGAUGCAGAAACAAUUAGUCCAAUUCCAAACCAAAGAACAAAAGAGAGAAGCUGUUAAAUUACUAGACCUCGAAAACUGCCACCAACUGUUCGAUGAAAUGAUUCAAAGAGCCUCCAAAUGUUGUUCUCCUUCUCCAUCUAAUAACACCCCUUCAAGUACUUCUUCUUCACCUUCAACAAAUCCAACUUCCAUCUCUACUUCAAGCUUCGAUCACAGCACUCCAUCUUCCACUUCUAGCUUAUCUUUUGAUAAAGAUCAUGUCAAAAGCUCCCAUUUGAUCAUUAAAGAUGAUAGUUAUGUGAAUAAAUCCAAGUUUUAUAACAAUGGAGGGAUUGUAUCAAGUAAAUUUUCCAAACCCCAAAUUUUCGAUUCAACUUUAAAACCUUCCAUUACUUCUGGACAAGAUGGUGAAAAAUUGAGUCUUAUAAAGCUUGCUAGUUUGAUUGAAGUAUCAUCAAAGAAAGGAAUUAAAGAUCUUGAUCUUCAUAACAAACUCAUGGAACAAAUCGAAUGGCUUCCCGAUUCAAUUGGGAAAUUAUCCAAUUUAGUCACAUUCAAUCUCUCAGAAAAUCGUCUUCUUUCUCUCCCAUCUUCAAUCGGAACCCUUUCAUCAUUAACAAAACUCAACUUACAUUCAAACAAAAUCAUUGAACUCCCAGAAUCCAUAGGGAAUCUCAUCAACUUAAUUUUUCUAGAUCUUCAUGGAAACAACUUAACAUCUCUCCCUCCAACUUUUGGUAGAUUAAUCCAUCUUCAAGAACUCGAUUUAAGUUCAAACAACUUCUCAUUUCUUCCUGAUCAAAUCGGUUCUCUUUCAAGUUUACAAACAUUAAACAUUGAAACAAAUGAAAUCGAAGAAAUCCCACAUGCAAUCGGUCAAUGUUCAUCUCUCAAACAACUUCUUGCGGAUUACAACAAGAUUAAAGCUUUACCAGAAGCAGUAGGAAGAAUCGAGUCAUUGGAAAAACUAUCUGUUCGAUAUAAUAACAUUAGUAGGUUGCCAACAACAAUGUCAUCGUUGAAAAGUAUAAAACAACUUGAUGUAAGUUUCAAUGAACUUGAUUCGGUUCCUGAAAGCUUAUGUUUUGCUACAACUCUUUUGAAGAUCAACAUUAGCAACAACUUUGCUGAUUUGACAUCACUUCCAAGAUCAAUUGGAAACCUUGAGAAUCUUGAAGAGUUGGAUAUGAGUAAUAAUCAAAUACGAGUAAUUCCGGAUUCGUUUAGGAUGUUAUUGAAGUUACGGGUGUUGAAUGUUGAAGGAAAUCCAUUGGAAUUACCACCACGGAACGUACUUGACAAAGGCGCUCAGGCGGUGGUUCGGUAUAUGAGUGAAGUCUAUGAAAAGAAGGAUUUAAAGGUUCUUCCCUCUUCGUCGUAUUCACAGGAUACUUGCUUCUGA